CCGGAUCAAAGCGGCGGGCGCCACGGGAGCGGGGCAGCCGACGCGGAUCCGCCAGCCGGGGGCCCGGCCCGGCCCCAGCGGGGAGCAGGUGGCGGCGGCUCGCAGCCCGGCCCGAGCAUGUCCUAGCCCGCCCGGCACGAUGCGGAGCCGCCAGCGCCCGGGACCUGUCCUCUGUCUCCUGCUCCUGCUCUGCCGCCCGCAGCUCGCCGCCGCCCAGGCGGUGUGUGCGGGGACCCUGAACGGGCUGAGCGUGACAGGCGAUGCCCAGCACCAGUACCAGACGCUGUACAAGAUGUACAACAACUGCGAGAUCGUCAUGGGCAACCUGGAGAUUGUCCUGAUCGACCACAACCAGAACCUGUCCUUCCUGCAGACCAUCCGGGAAGUGACGGGUUACGUCCUGAUCGCUAUGAAUGUCUUCACGUACCUGCCCCUGGGGAACCUGCGCGUCAUCCGGGGCACGCAGCUCUACGAGGACAAACACGCCCUCUUCGUGCUGCUAAACUACCACACCAACGGCUCGCACGCCCUCCGCCAGGUGGGGUUCAACCAGCUCACGGAGAUCCUGGCGGGCGGGGUUGACAUCGAGAGGAACGAACAGCUGUGCCACGUGGACACCAUCGAGUGGAGGGACAUCGUCCGGGACCCGCUGAUGGACCCAGUGGUUCGGCAGAAUGGCAGGAAGUGUGCCCCCUGCCAUGAGAGCUGCGAUGGACACUGCUGGGGCCCGAACCCAGAGGACUGCCAGAAAUUGACCAAGACCAUCUGCGCCCCGCAGUGCAACGGGCGCUGCUUCGGGCGUAACCCCAGGGAGUGCUGCCAUGACGAGUGUGCGGGGGGCUGCACCGGCCCCCGCCAGACUGAGUGCUUCGCCUGCCGUCACUUCAACGACAGUGGGGCCUGCGUCCCCCUGUGCCCGCAGCCGCUGAUCUACAACAAGCUCACCUUCCAGCUGGAGCCCAACCCCGACACCAAGUACCAGUACGGGGGCAUCUGCGUGGCCAGCUGCCCACAUAACUUUGUGGUGGAUCAGAGCUCCUGCGUGCGGGCCUGUCCGAAGGACAAGAUGGAGGUGGAGAAGAACGGCCUGAAGAUGUGUGAGCCGUGCCCUGGACUCUGCCCUAAAGCCUGCGAGGGGACGGGCACCGGGAACAAAUACCAGACGGUCGAUUCGAGCAACAUCGACAGGUUCGUCAACUGCACCAAGAUCCUGGGCAACCUGGACUUCCUCAUCACGGGGCUGAACGGGGACCCCUGGCACAACAUCUCGGCCUUGGAUCCGGAGAAGCUGAACGUUUUCCGGACGGUGCGGGAGAUCACGGGUUAUCUGAACAUCCAGUCGUGGCCCAAACACAUGUACAACUUCAGUGUCUUCUCCAACCUCGUCACCAUCGGGGGCCGGAGCCUGUACAACCGCGGCUUCUCCCUGCUGAUCAUGAAGAACCUGAACGUGACGUCGCUGGGGCUGCGCUCGCUGCGGGAGAUCAGCGCCGGGAAAGUGUACAUCACCGAGAACCGGCAGCUCUGCUACCUCCACACCGUCAACUGGGGGGCGCUGUCCCGCCGCAAGCCCGACCUGGAGAUCAAGGACAACAGGCCCCGGGCCAAGUGCGUGCAAGAAGGGAAGGUGUGUGACCCGCUCUGCUCCAGUGACGGCUGCUGGGGGCCCGGCCCCGACCAGUGCAUCUCCUGCCGCAACUACAGCCGGGACGGGACCUGCGUGGCCACCUGCAGCUUCUCCCAGGGGGCGAUCCGGGAAUAUGCCCGUGGGGGCGCGUGCUACCAGUGCCACCCGGAGUGCGAGAGGAUGGAGGGCAACCUGACCUGCAACGGCUCGGGUGCGGACGCCUGCGUGCGAUGUGCCCGGUACAAGGACGGCCCCCACUGCGUGGACAGCUGCCCCGAGGGCCUCCUGGGCGAGCAGGGGCCCAUCUACAAGUACCCGGACGCCCACCACGAGUGCCGCCCGUGCCACGAGAACUGCACACAGGGGUGCCUCGGGCCGCAGCUCCAGGACUGCGUCACAGAGCCCCUGCCCAUCGCCAGGAAAAGCCCCACGGUCAUAGCGGUGAUGGUCGUGAGCUGCCUCUUCAUCUCCUGCUCCUGCUUCCUCCUCAUCCUCCUCUACUGGCGCGGGAAGAAGAUCCAGAAGAAGCGGGCGAUGCGCCGCUACCUGGAGAGGGGAGAGAGCCUCGAGCCCCUGGACCCAAGUGAGAAAGCCAACAAGGUGCUGGCCCGGAUCUUCAAGGAGACGGAGCUGAGGAAGCUGAAGGCACUGGGCUCAGGCGUGUUUGGGACGGUGCACAAGGGCGUCUGGAUCCCGGACGGAGACACCAUCAAGAUCCCCGUCAGCAUCAAGGUGAUAGAGGACCGGAGCGGCCGCCAGACCUUCCACGCCGUCACCGACCACAUGCUGGCCAUCGGCAGCCUGGAGCACGCCUACAUCGUGCGGUUGCUGGGCAUCUGCCCCGGGACGCAGCUGCAGCUGGUGACGCAGCUCCUGCCGCUGGGCUCGCUGCUCGACUACGUGCGCAAGAACAAGGACGCCAUCGGGCCGCAGCUGCUGCUCAACUGGUGCGUGCAGGUUGCCAAGGGCAUGUACUACUUGGAAGAGCAUCGCAUGGUCCAUCGGAACCUGGCCGCCCGCAACAUCCUGCUGAAGUCGCCCAAUCAGGUGCAGGUGGCGGAUUUCGGGAUCGCCGACCUGCUCUACCCCGACGACAAGAAAUACUUCUACAAUGAGAUCAAGACUCCGAUUAAAUGGAUGGCGCUGGAGAGCAUCCACUUUGGGAAGUACACGCACCAGAGCGAUGUCUGGAGCUACGGCGUGACGCUGUGGGAGAUGAUGACGUUCGGGGCAGAGCCCUACGCGGGGAUCCGGCUCGCCGAGGUGCCCGACCUGCUGGAGAAAGGCGAGCGGCUCAUGCAGCCCCAGAUCUGCACCAUCGACGUCUACAUGGUGAUGGUGAAAUGCUGGAUGAUCGACGAGAACGUCCGUCCCACCUUCAAGGAACUGGCUAACGAGUUCACUCGCAUGGCCCGGGACCCGCCCCGCUACCUGGUCAUCAAGAGGGAGAGCGGGCUGCUGCCCCCCGCGGAGCCCCCCCUGAGCGACAAGGAGCUGGAGGACAUGGAGACGCUGGAGCUGGAGGAGGAGCUGGGCCCCUUCAACACGGCCACCAGCCUCUUCGCCUCCAGGCAGCGUGUGGACUACGCCCGGAGCCCGAACCUCAGCCCCCCAGCCGGCUACAUCCCCAUGAACCAGACCGGCCUCAGCGGCUGCCGCCAGGGCCCCGGGCUGAGCACCCGGCAGGCCCUGCGGGUCCGGCAGGAGUCGGUGGGCCGGACGGUGUCGGAGUCGUCGGAGGGCAGGGGCACGGCCUCGGAGGGCGAGCUGAUGGAGGAGCUCUCCCUGCCGAGCCUGCGCUCCCGGGGCGACAGCGCCUACCUCUCCCAGCGCGAGAGCUUCCCCCUGCCGGCGGGCAUUGCCGACGGUGAGGACGACAUCAACGGCUACGUCCUGCCGGAUCACCAUGGCCGAGAGCGAGCGGCCAGCGUCGCCCGGGCAGUGCGGGACGGGCCCCUGGGCCGCGCCUCGGAGCCGGAGGAGGAGGAGUACGAGUACAUGAACAGACGCCCCCCGCAGCCCCGGCCGGCCUCCCUGGAGGAGCUGGGCUACGAGUACAUGGACCUGGGCUCGGAGCGGAGCGCCUCCCUGGGCAGCGUGUUGAGCUCCCAGCUGCCCGUGGCCGGCUGGGAGGUGGCCGCGGCCGAGGAGGACUACGAAUACAUGAACAAGCAGCCCAAACUCAGCCAGUCCCUGAGCAGCGUGCUGAGCUCGCCGGGGGCCGGGCGGGACGACUACACCUGCAUGAGCGCGGCCGUCCCCCGGGGCUCCCCCGACGAGCAGGGCUACGAGGUGAUGGAGGCCAUCCUGGCUCCGGGGAGCGGGCCAUGCCUGGACUGCCAGAGCUCGCCCUGCCCCAAGAACGGCUUCAUGAAACCCCUGCGGAGCCUGGAAGCCUCGGACUGCGCCUUCGACAACCCCGACUACUGGCACAGCCGGCUGUUCGCCAAGGCGGACGCCCAGUGCACCUAGGGGGCAACGGGGGGGUGCCCGACCCGUCUGUCCCCGGGGGGCAGGGCCAUUGGACUCUGGCGCCUGCCCGCCCCUCGCCGAACGAGCCCAGCCGGGGGUCUGGGAGCGAACGUCCUGCCCCAGCCCCAGACGGUAUUUACAGGGUGGGCAGAAAUGGCCAACGCUCCCUUAACGGGGCAGCGGGGGCCGGGGCCUGCCCCUGCGUCUGUGCCCAUUGCAUGCUGGAAUGCAGGCUGGUUCUGGCAGCUGGGGGCAAUGCAUUGCCCCACUGUGAAAUCAAACCAGUCGGGGGGGGGCUACCCCCUCCACCGUUCCGCCUCAGAAUCACAGACAUACGGACGUAGGACAGAUACCUACAUCUGGUGAGGUGGGCAGGGGAGUCAGGGGCUGCGUCCUCCCCUUCCCCACAUGGGAAAAGCCUCAUGUACUGAGCUCCCAGAAUCGGGGCUGGGGGCGUUUGGGGCCCAGCCAUGGAUCAAGCACAUGGGGAGCAGCUGGAGGAGGGGGCUGCCUCAUUCCUCACCCCCCACCAAGCAAACAUGGGGGGGGGUGUCUGUUUACACCUGGAUAUGAAGAAUCCCGGAGCUGCUCCAGGCAAGGCCGUGGGGUGAAGUGAACAGAAGAGGGGGGGCUGCUGGUUUGUGGUCUAGUGGGUAAAACGCUGGACUGGGAGCCAGAACUCCUGAGUUCUAUGUCCCAGACUCGCUGCUCUGGGCCUCAGUUUCCCCCUCUGGGCCAUGUAGGGAGUUAUAGACCUUUAUAAAGCGCUGGGAGAGCCCUGGGCAGACCUGCCCCAGCCUUCUCUCUCCUGCCCCCCUGCAAACCAGGGGUGACCCAAUGACUGCUGCCCCCCUCCCUUGCCGGGGCUGAGCUAAGCACCGCUUAGGAGCAGAGGUUGCAGCUGGGUGGAGAGAGUCGGUGGGUCGGGUUCUGUUCCGUUCAACCCGAUUUCCACUGGUGUAAGAAGCCCGGGGGCCGGAGUCUGAUCUCGAUCCCCCAGAGUUACUCCUGAUUCCCACCAAACCGGGGUGAUCAGAGCCCGCGCCUGGGGGUGAUCCCAGCCUGGGGCCCGAGAAAAGCAAGGCCAGCAGGCUCCAGCCCCGGACCUCCCUCCUGUCACCCCUCGGAAGCCAUGCCCGAUGAGAGGCGUGGGGAGCUAGUUACGACCCCCCAAGCCUGUGGCGAAGAAAUGAAGUUGAUGUUUUUGCACUGAAUCUCGUGGCACGGUUCACUCCAUGUGCGAAGCUGGAGCAGGCUGGCCUGGCUCGCGGGUGCGCCCGUCUUUCCUCUCCUCCAACAAAGGCCUCCGUGUUUGUCCCGGGCCUGCGCUGUCUGUUGGGGGGUCUGGAUCCGCCAAAGGGCUGCUUUCCUCUGCAGGAAGCGGAGCGUGUGCCCUCCUCGUCACCCCCCAAAUGAAGCAAGUGAGGGGCUGUGACUUCUUCCCACGUGAGGCCAUGGGAUGUCAGUGCUUUUUACCUGGGGGACCCACAGCGAGUCUGAGCAGCCUUGGUUAAAGUGGUGGAAGGAGCGUUGUCUAAGGGUUAGAGCAGGGAGCGUGAGAGUCAGGAUUCCUGGGUUCUGGUCCCAGUUGCAGGAGGAAGGGGGUGUCUAGCGGUUAGAACGGGCUGUCUCCCUCCGCUCUCUGAGCUCUGGAAGGGGGAUUUCCCCCCAGCUCUCCCCCGCCUUGCUCAGCCAGAGGGUGGGGCGGGAGGGGGGGACAGACCAUACAUACUACCAACGUCUGACUAGAGCAGGGACCUGCCCGGGCCUUUGGAAGGGAGCAUGGGGCAGGUCUCCCCUCCCUGUUGCAGCCGGCUGAGCAGGGGGGAGCCAGCCCCAUUGCCUCGAACUGGCUGUGGAGAUCAGAGACCCUUCUGGGGUGUCCAGUGAGACCUUCGCCCCUCUGCUAGAGCCGUGGGGAAGCACCAACUCGUGAUCCCUCCCCAUGUAGGUGUGUGACGCGUCUCAGCCCUGCACGUCUGGGCUAAGGAAUCCGCACGGGCACCUUGCUAGUGAGCCUGGCACUGGGCCCCUGCCUGGCACACGUCUCAAAGCUGCCACUCUGCCCCCUGCUGGCAAGUGGCACUAACGCUGCAGAAAAAUGUUCUCACGUGGGAACGGUUUAUUGGAUUUCAGAAUGAGAAGCAGAAACAAGUCUGAAGUCUCCCCACCCGUCGUGUGCGUUAACCAGGCUGCGCGGCUCCAUCCGUUUGUAUUUGUUUUAAAUGCAGGAGCUGAUAGCCUGCUGGGCCUGGACUCCUGGGUUCUAAAACGGGAACAAUCAAUAGCAUGACAGGGUGAGGGGUUUGCUGUUUUCGUCCCAGCCUCUCCAAAGGAGAGAGAACUAAGGAACACACCAAAAGCCACCUGGGGAGAGCUGAGCAUGGGGGCUGCACCUUCCUACUGAACUCAAAGGGGCUGAUCCCGGUUUUGCUUCCAACUGGACUAAUUCUAGUGAAAUCACCGGGUCCAAAUCCUCUUUGGGUUGUUUACACCUGUGCAAAGGGCAUGUAAACGUGGCAGCUCGCACUGGCAGCAUGCUGCAGGGAUGCAAGUGAGGACACAAGAGCAGGGGAAGAUCAGGUGCAAACUGAGCCAAUCCAAUUUGCUAGUUAGUCCUUUUAAAGAAACACAUGCAAUGCCUCCAGUAGCCUGGAUCUUCCAGAAGACCCUCCCUCCCCCCGUACAUUUUCAUAAAGGUUAACACUCUGGAAAGCAGGGAGUACUUUUUUUUUGUCUCCUGUCCUUGUUUGCAUUGUCUUGCUGUGUGUCAGAACUGGUGGAAUGAAGGUUAAAAGAAAUCUCUGAGCUUUACAAGUGUACCUGUGGGACUCACUGCCGCAGGAUGAAAUAGCUUUAGUGUUUUGUUUUUGAAAGGAAUGAGACACUUACAGGAAUAGUAACACCAUUUGUAGUGACCCAAGCUAGGAUAAAAGUCCCAAGGUUCGAAGGGAAUAUGCAUAUCAGAAGGGAAUAUACUAUUAUUGCAUAGUUAGGCUCUGGUCUUGGAAGGAGAUGCAUAGAGUUGGACUCAUAUGUAGCAACUGGGGAUGUAUUUAUUAAUAUAGAGGCCCUGUCAAUACAUUUGCUCUGGCACGAGCUAGGCAAACCAACUACAUACAAACUGCAGUGUACUAUAGCCCGUGGCCAUGGUGAAUACAACAUCGGUGAAGUAAGGAAAUUGUACACCGGGGGCUGUGCUCUGCGACAGUGCAAGGCGGUCUCUGUGAGCAGCUAUGCCAACCUCAAGUAUUCAAAAAUCACAAACUCAGCUACAAAAUCCUGGUUUGUUUGUUUUUAAAUGAGUUUGGUUUGGGUUUGUUUUUUUUUAAUUUGCCUUCUGGUUUCUGAGCCUUUAGGUCUCACAAGGAGUCGUGUUUUCAAGCUUUUCUGUGCAGCUACGAAGCCUAGAACCAUACUUUAUUUACUAUGAAGCUUUAAGAAAACACCAAAUGCAGAAA